GUGAAACGGUCGGAAGUUGAACUGUCAAAAUUUUGCAGGUGCCCGUUCAAGAAGGAAUAUUAGAUAUUCUGGCGCGAAGAACAUCGAUUUCACCUUUUUCAGACGACACCAUAUCAUUGAACUAAGUUUAAAGAUGAUAUAUUGAAAAUAAUGCCAAUCAAAGUUCGUGUAAGAUUUGUCAACCGCUUAUGCGCCAAUAUUCGAACGCUCUAUCUUUGGCGAGCAGACGUUUGACAGCUGAUCUUGGUUCUGCAUUUUGGCGCAGACGAUUCACAAAAAAAAAGCCAAGGAUGCAAAAAAAUAGAGUAACGACAAAAUAACAGGUACCGUCUGACUGCUUUAUAGCAGGAAGGUUUACUUCGAAGAAAAUGGUUCAGGAAAUUUAUACACUGCCGAUUUCUGAACAAGAAUUGAGAAAUGUCAAGUCUGACAUCAACAAACAAACAAUGGCUAAUUCACGGAAAUCUGCGAACAGUCAGCAUACCAAGACAGUGUAUGAUGUGGUGGUAUUGAAACAGAUGCUGCAGAGAAUGGGCAAGGAACAACAGCCAGAGGACUGGUGUGACCACCUGAACAGGACAAUACGUACAUCACAAAGAGACAGUGCUGUGUCCACAAUUCGAUGUCUAAGCAUGUUUUACAGCUACAGUUGUGAAACCUUUGCAGCAGCAGUGAAUUUCCUUGACCGGUUUCUCUUUAAAAUGAAGGUACAACACAAAUACAUUUCAGUUGUUGCUGCAGCUUGUUUCUACAUUUCUGCCAAAUUUAAUGAAGAAGCAGAGGAAAUCCCAAGUGCAUCAGAAAUUUCCUGUCUUCAUGGUCAAAUGUGGAAACCUUCGGAUCUGAAGAGAAUGGAGAUGUUGAUCCUUGAAAAACUGAAGUGGGAAAUAUGGCCUAUGACAUGUCCAUCCCUUCUGAAAUCUAUCUGUGAUAUCAUCUCGCUUCCUGGACACUAUACUUCUUUACUUGAUUCCUUGCUAACCAAGUUCAAAGUUUGCAUAAACUAUAGCUCCUGUGCAAUUUUUAAGAGUGCCACCCUAGCCUUGGCUUUGAUUCAACACACAGUCACCGAAAUGAAUGUUCAAACAUUUGAGUUGAAUCAAUGCUUACUUUGGCUUCAUGCAAUCUGUCAGGUGCAAGACUCGGAAUUCUACGAAUGUUUCUGUACAGUGAGUGAAAUCUUAGACCAGUAUAGAAACCAGCCAGGUAGUCGUCCAAGUUGUCUAAAAGUUCCAAAACCUCCAAUAAGAAUGUCUCUGAUAUCAAGACCCAGUUAUUAUGGCUGCACCGAUCUGCCAACAAUUGAGGAAUCAGAUUCUGCCAUGUGUAUAAGUGAUGACAGUGAUGAUGUAUUUGAAGUACCAAAGAUGACUACACACACUGACAGAGAACUGAAGAGUUGGAGUUAUGCGUUACCAGAGAAGUGUGCAAUGUGUGAUAUUCAUUAAAUAUUUAUUAUCUUUUGUUUGUGUAAGUUAGGCUUGAAUGAUAGAGUGGUUCUAGAAAUCCACAUGAAAUGUCAGUUAAAAUAAUGGAGAGUCAUAUUUGUAAACUGAUUAUGUAAGAAUAGUAUGAAUAAUUUAUGAUAUAGAAAUCCAUAUGAAAUGUCUGUUAAAUGGAGUCAUGUGUGAAAGAGGAGAGGGAGAAGUAAGAAUGUUUCAUGUAUUUUAUCGAAUUAAACAUGUUUCUAAUGAUAUACUUUAAUGUGUGAACAAACCAACUCUCAAUCCUUUGUAGUGUCCUAGGCAAAGUGCAUUUCCUAAAAAGAGUUGUCUGCCUUAAUACAGAGCACCUUGGAUUGACGGGAAUGGUUAUAAAUUAUAAUGGGGCAAUAGCAAUUCAUAUCAGCAUUGGUGCAAUUUAAUGAUGGAGCCUAUAUUUCCGUGUUUACUCUCUAAAAGAGCCUGAGAUAUAUACCUGGUACUUCCUUUGAUAUAUAUAAUUUUAUACAAUGUAAUCAUUUCAUGAAUAGGAUUCUGAUGGUACACUAUUACAGUUGCAAAGAUUCAUGCAAUAUGAUAGGUUCUUAUAUGAUGUUUGUUUUGCUAUUUUCAAACAAACAGACCAAAUUUUUUUAAUUUCUUAGUUCAAAAUGAUUUAUCAAAUGAAACAACAAAAUAUAGUUUAAAUGCUUUUAUAAAACAGCUCAAUGACAAUUUUAUUUUUGGAAAAAAAAUGUCUUAUGUUGAUUGCAUUUUCAUAUAUUAAUAUUUUGUAAAUCAUCAUCACGUUUCAAAAAUAUUUUCCAACAUCUCUUUAGCAAUAUUUUAGAAACAGACAUCAAAUGAAAGCUUUAAAUCACUUCUGUUUACAUACCAAAUCUUUUUUUAAGUAACAUGUUUCUUAAAAUGUUGUGUUGUUGUUCUUUUAAGACUAUAACUGUGAUUUGGGAUGUAAAGCAACCUUUGUUUUUUCCAAUGUUAAACCUCUUAGAUAUUGUACGUUGUAAUGUAAUUGAGAUGCAUGUUUUACAAGGUUUUAAAUUAUGGACACAUAUUUUAGGUUUAGUUUUAGUUAGAAUUUUAAACAUGUUCAGCACAUUUUUAUGCUUGGCUAGUUACCAUUUGUUGAUGAGCUCACAAUUGAAAAAUCUUGUUUGUAUACUUGUUUCGUUUGCACAAAUCAAUAAGCAUUCCCUUUUAAAAUAACACUUUUGAGUUAAACGGUUUUUAAAAAUAACUGAAUUCUAGUUAUACAAUGAAAUAUUAUACAGGCAAAGGCAAUGUAAGCCCAAAAGCCAUAUUGAAUUUUAAAUAUACAUCGUUCAAAUACCAAAUAAUGGUGGUUGGAGAUCUAAUGAUGGGAAUUACUAGUAUUUUACAUGUAAAGCAUUAGUGUAUAUUUAUUUUAUUCUGUAUGCUGUUUGUUAUUUAAUGUGAAAAAAACUAAUGAUUUAAAAUAUAAUACACCAUUUUUCUUGAAUCAUAAGCACAAGGUCUACCAAAAAUCUGCAAUAUAAUUUGCUCUGGCUGACUUAUUUUUUCCCUGACAAUGGACUUCGUCUCCAUCAUGAAAUUAAUUAUUUGAAAAUACCAAUAAAAAAACAUCUUGUAUAUAAACACAU